CAAGCUGUGAGGUUGAUUUGCAAAUGUAAAUGUAUUAUACAGAAUUUUAACAUUUCUGGAUGUCUAGAUCUUCAAGAAAACAUGCCUUAGACGUUCUUUACUUGAUGAUAAAGAUAAUGUUUUUUCAAUGAAAGAAAAAUUUCAUUUAUUGAUGUUUUACUGUCGCCAGUAAAUAACAACACUGAAAUUCUAACAGUGUUUAUCGACAUUUUAUGGAGUAAAAACAUGGAUUUGGACGCAUUUUUAACGUCUGUUUUUCCAACUCCGGACAAAGACGAUAUCGCUACUCCAAKGAGACUUCUUGAGUACAGUAACUUGCAGGAGCACAUUGAAGAUAUAUUAAAUCAGUUUGAGUAUCCUGUUCAACCAGAACAAGAUCAAAGAGAAAGAGCAAUCAAUGAUGGUAGGAUUGGACCUUUGGUUGUUGGCAUUGAUAAAAGCAGUCUUUGUGGAUCAAUGAGUGUUAAAGAUAACAUUGAGCUUGAAAGUCAAAGUAACUUCAGUAGUGUGAGGUCCAACAUUUGUGUCUGCAAAGGGAAAUUUAUGUAUGAGAUUCUACUUGGGUCAAAAGGAAUUAUGCAACUUGGUUGGGCAACWCUAAGCUGUACAUUUACCAAUGAGGAAGGAGUUGGAGACACAAAUGACUCCUUUGCAUAUGAUGGGCACAGAGUAAGAAAAUGGAACUAUUCUACAGCCAAAUAUGGCGAGGUAUNGAUGGCAGGUGAUGUCAUUGGAUGCUCCAUUGACCUGGAUAAAGGGGAGAUYUCAUACUCUAGAAAUGGUAAAGACCUGGGUGUAGCAUUCAAUAAUGURCGAUAUGGACCAGGGCUGGCUUACUUUCCUGCCGUCAGUCUCUCAUAUGGAGAAUCUUGUCAGCUUAAUUUUGGAGCCUGUCCAUUUAAAUUUCCAAUGGAGGGAUUCAAACCUUUGCAAGACCCUCCCACAGCUCAUGUUGCCAAGGCCAUUGAACUAAUGAAUUGCUUGGAGAGAUUAUUACCAUCACCUGAUCGGAUUCCAUCUCUUCCUUUGUCACUACGUGCAAGAUCGGACUCGCUCUCUUUUCUCACUAUUUCUCAUGUGUUUGAAAAACUUGGACCACUUCUUACAAAAGGGUAUGCUGUUGAGAAGGUUCUUCUGCCAUUUCUUCUCAAGUCAUGCUCUGGUGGAAACCCCUUGUCAGAUCAACCAGGAGUUAARAAGAUGCUCGAUUUGAUGUGGGCUUGUAUGGAGGAUUUUGAGCUGCAGCCAUGUAUGGARCAAUUACUGUUUGCACUCAUUAAAGCUUAUUGGUAUCAACCUGUUACUUUGGACUUCAAACAUCAGUCCGAUGAAAAAGAUAAAGCUGAGUAUGACGAAGCUUGUCAAAAACUGAGAACAAAAAUUCAAAUAUUGGAAGAUGUUCAGGUGGAAAUGUGUAAAAUUCUGCUCCAAAAUGAUGACUCUCCAAGUCAGGGUACAAAGUCAACAAGAUCAAUGUUCCUGGACAAGUUCAGAAAAUACCUACAAGAGAACAUGCUUACAACCUUGAAUUUGCAGCCAUCAACUGCAUGCGGAGGUCCAGUCAUUACCUGUUUCUACCAUAGACUAAUCCAGGCUAUCAGAUAUCACUGGGAUAACACAGGCAAUGGUACUUACAGGACCAGCAAUGAUGCCUAUGUCCCUCUCCACACGUUCUUUGAUGAUAGUGUUCAGUACUGGGAUAUGUCAAGGUUGGGUGGAGUGAUUUCUCAUCUCAGAUUGCAGCCAUCAACUGCAUGCGGAGGUCCAGUCAUUACCUGUUUCUACCAUAGACUAAUCCAGGCUAUCCGAUAUCACUGGGAUAACACAGGCAAUGGUACUUACAGGGCCAGCAAUGAUGCCUAUGUCCCUCUCCACACGUUCUUUGAUGAUAGUGUUCAGUACUGGGAUAUGUCAAGGUUGGGUGGAGUGAUUUCUCAUCUCAGAAAGUCAUAUGAUACAAUUGUGAAGGAGGAGCUUAACAAACAAAAGUCAGCAGCAUUUGGUGGAGAUACUUUGGCCGAGCAGGACUGGCAGCAAGAUUCCUCAUUGGUCAGAAUGCUUGAUGAUGUCAUCACUCUGUACCACAUUGCUGUGCACAAACAACUCUCAAAGUAUCCAGAUGCAGACAGUACUCUUGACAGCAUGGCAGAACUCUUGUGCACUCAUUUCACAGACAAAAGAAUUAUCAAUCCAGAUUUGAGAGAUAUCAUCAUUCAAGCAUUGGCAGCCUUUGUAUGUUAUCCAGACAGUCUGAAGACAAUUGAAAGAAUGCAAAGUGACUUGUUGGAUAAUUUUGUACGUUCACUGAUGGGUGCGUAUGACAAGCGUUCAUGGGUCCAAACAACAUGGAUACUUGUUCGGAUAUGGAAGGGUUGUGGAUUUGCAUUCAGAUAUACAAGYUCACAGGACAUUUACACAUCAGCUUUUCCUGAACAAGGUCACUUAAGAGCGAGUCUUCAGCCUCCAUGUCCUUCGGAAGUCCUACAAGGAGUCAUUGCCAAGCUUUGUUUGUCUGAUGUGAAACUUGCGGAUGAAUUUCUUAAUGGGGUCUUAAACCAACUGAAUUGGGCCUUCUCUGAAUUCAUUGAAAUGUUGCAAGAGAUCCAACAAGCAACUAAUCGACUUGAAAUCAGCGUGGAAAAGAGACAGUUGCGAACCUGUGCUGUGUGUUUUGAUCUGACUGUUGGUCUUCUGAGGGUUCUGGAAAUGGUGUCCACCGCUGUUCCACAAGUAUUUACUGACUGGAAAAUGCAGUCGUCUGAACUACAUAUAGCAAGACUUUUCCAGCUUCUAACUCAAGUUCUUAAUCGCAUCACUGCCUGCUCUAAUCUGUUUGAUAAYGUUACAAGACUUCACUUACCAGGGCUCGAGACUGUAGACAGGUUUCCUGUACUCGGUGCYGUUGCUGGGAUACUUAUAACUCUACUUAUGCACGGUACCAAUGAAAGUAAGGAGCGCAGUACUUCAGCGUUAUUAGCCGACCCAGGCUUCACUCUUGAGUCUGUAGAGUUYCUUAUUGGCGGGAAGUCAUCCAUUCCUGGAAAAGCUGUGACAUUACAGCAGUUUUCAUUUAUUAGACUGCUCAACAAAGAUGUCAGCGCAGACGAAGUCAAAGAAGUWCAGGAUCUCGUGAGCUAUCUUGAGCAGCAAAGUACGAAAGUGCGUCUUGAAAAGCAAGAGUCUGUAGACGUUGACGAAGUUUGUCCUAUCUGCUAYGCCAUGAAGAUAUCUGUCAGAUUUGUUCCUUGUCAACAUGUUUCUUGCAAAUCGUGUAUAACUCGCCAUCUUAUGAACCACAAGGAAUGCUUCUUCUGUAAGGAAAUGGUUGAAAAACUUGAAGAUAUCACUAAAAAUGGAUAAAAUCAGAACACCUCUUUUACCCUGUUAGUUACUGUAAUAAUGUAAACAAUAAAGAAAGAACUAAGUUUA